GUCGAACCGAAUGCACGCGGUGUUCUUCGUUUUUCGUUUGCAGUCCUUCCGACUCCGUAUCGAAAUAUCGACGAUUCGCACGUCGAUCGCGGAUACGUUAGCGCGAUGCCGUCGUCGACGAUUCUUCAGUGAGAACCGAUGGAGAGGUGACGUUCUAUUCUAUCAACCGGUGUCACAGUGCACAAGUGUGAUCGCGGCAGUUCGACCUUCGUUGUCAGAUAUAUUUUUCGCCACGAUUCGACCGUCGUCGAUGAUCGUGUGCAACGAAAAGAAAGACGUUUCUCCAUCGUACGAAUCCACUUCGUUUUUACGCACAACUGACAGCAUGCGUUUGAGUGGCGAUGGAUAGCAUUUUCUCGAUGGACGUGUGUCAGUGAAGCGAAGUUGGCUCUCGAGACCACGUGACCAGUGGUAGGAGGUUAUGUGAACGGAUCCUUUGUAGAGACUGCAGCACUCCGAUCUAUCGAACAUCGAUACUCGCGCGUUGCGUAUUAAUCGACAUCUCGAAUAGUCAGUGAGAGUAACGGCCGUUAUAAACGACGGUUCGUUGUCGCGUCGCGAUUGAAAUUACGUAUAUUAACCGAUAUUACCCGUGCCAUACGAUCUACGUGCCGAGAAUUUCGUCGACUUUGCUUAAUAUGCGUGCUACAGUGAGACGGACCGGCUCGAUGCUCAAGGUUGUCGGCUUAAAUUCGUGGAAUUCGCGAUCAACAUUCGGGGCGUGACUUACACUUCGUGUUUACGCGUUUAUGCUUUUCUCCCUUCGAAAGUGUACAAAAUCAGCUGCGUUUGAUUCGUCUUUGUCGUCGGUGAGAAAACGACGUGUGAUGUUUUGGGUGUUGUGUCGCGUCGACUGAGAGCCGUGUGACGCGGUGUGCACUGAAUGUCAAAACGAUAAUUAGUGCUGCCUUGAGGCCAGGUGACUCGUGUUAUCAUGCUGACGAUUGUUUUGCUGGGUCAGCUGGUCGUACCGGCGGAUUACUUCGAGUUUCAACAAUCUUCGUACGUUCAGUGGGAUUGAAGUCACGAAUGUUCAGCUUUUCAUCGAUGUAUUAAUAAAGUGGCAACGUGAAUUCACUGAGAGAAUUUCAAAUUGCUAUGGCAACGCACACGUGUUCACUGUUCCUUUGAGCCUAUUAGCGAGCUACGUAUACAAACAUCCAUCAGUGCGCGUCGUCGUGUGAAUCGACUCCGCUUCAAUCCAGCGACCCGGAACGGGUGGCGCGAAAUUCACGUGGAAAAGGAAGGGGUGAGACAGGGGUUUGACAGGCGCGGAGAGGCAAACGAGAAGAAAAGAAAACGAAUGGGGAAAAUAUUAACCCGGCCAAGACGAAAGUCAGUGUCUCCUUGGCUGAUUUGACAUUUCCGUGUGCGCGCGCGCGUGUUCCGUGCCGGCGAGAUCCGUGUUUUCAUCGCUUCGAAACGGAAGCCCGGAAGAAGAGAAAUGGGAAUAUUGGGAAAAUUGCUUUCGUCGGUGUCCCUGGUGUCCAUCUGGUGUCUGCUGAUCGUCGAGCCCGGCAAGGUUCAGAGGGAGCAGGAUCAUCUGGCCUUGUUAUUAGGCACCCUGAAGACCUAUCAGCGCGCAGCCUGCGACGAGGAGUCGAUGACGCUGAAGUGUCCAGUUGGUACCACUAUCUCCGUCGUUCUAGCUCAAUACGGCAGAGCAGGGUCAAAUGGCACCGACAGGUGUAGUUCGUCCGAUCCAUCCGUGUACAUCGGUGACAGACUGACGAAUUUGACGUGCAUCUGGCCGCAGUCGCUGCAGUACUCACUGUUGCAGACGGUGGUCGAUGUAUGCCACAAGAAGAGGCAGUGCAAGUUCAACACCAGCCCGAAAACCUUUCAAGGCGAUCCGUGCCCUGGCCUGCCAAAGUACAUCGAAGUCGCCUACCAAUGCCGUCCUUACGAGUUCAGGAGUAAAGUUGCCUGCGAGAACGAUGUCAUCAAUCUUGUCUGCCACCCCGGCCAAAGGGUUGCCAUCUUCAGUGCAUCGUUCGGCAGAACGGAGUACGAAUCCCUUCAGUGUCCCCAGCCCCACGACGUGAAGGAAGAAACUUGCAUGGCGUCGUACGCGACGGAAACCGUGAUGAAUUUGUGCCAUGGGAAACGACGGUGCUCAGUGGUGGCGAACAGUUCGACGUUCGGCGAGCCAUGCAGCCCGGAGAGCAGGACGUAUUUAAAAGUAGUAUACACGUGUGUGCCGCGAGCCGUGUUAAAAGAACAAUACCAAGGCGACGUGGAGGUGGACGAGGUGGAUUUAAUGCAUCAGUUCGAGGAGGGGUUUGACAGGGCGGACUUCAGGGCCGAGUUCAGCCCAAGCCCGAACCUGGAAGGACCGCAAUCGCAGCCGAGGGACAACGUUUCACGGAAUUUCCCCACGGUCAGUUCAUCCCCGCCGCGAGCCAGAACCAACAACGACGAGAAUCAGGAGAAGUUCUACUUGUACAUCAUAGUGUCGGUCACAGCCGGCAUUUUAAUUUUCCUGGGCUUGGUAAUUGGACGUCUUCUAGUCAGUCGUCACCGUGCAAAGAGAGACGCGAAGUUCCAUGCAAAUAACGAAGCUCUUCCAAACGGAUUCACCGAUGACAUUUCGGAGAUCGACGCGGAUAUUGAUCUUACCACGCCGGUGCCAGUCCCAAUGCAAGACACAAGGCUCCCCGAGACCCAAUUAGCGGAGAGACUUCACGGCGAUCGUUACUACGCGGAAACCAGGAUACCAAUGUCACCCACCACGAUGCACCCAGCGCCAGGACACUACCCUGGCAACACAGGUGUCAGGGUGGACCUUGGUAAUCAUAUGGUGGGCACCGACAGCCUCCACACGAUUCUACGCCCGGAAAAUCCACGGAGCAUGAACACGAAAAGCUAUUACUACGGCUGACAGGAGGAAGGGGGUGUCCCGCGCGAGGGACGGCCCCCGUCCUUGAGCCCGGUACCGGAAGUGAGCACGCGGAAGUACUGCUUUUAAUCGAGAGAGACCGAUUUUCUACGGAACGGCGAACGAAGCCGCUGUAAGAAGCAGCCGUUCGAUGCCAACGAACGUGCUGACUUGUCGUCGAUCGAAAUCGUUGUUUCUUCGAAGCGGAGGUCGAAUGGUGUCCUUCGCCUUGGUACCGGAAACGAGCACGCGGUGGUGACCCUUUUUACAUAUACGCGUUAUCGUUUCUUUCGGGUAUGUAACUCGCAGCUGUCAAAGAAAAACGAAAGAAAAAAAAAGAACAACCUCUUCGACACGUCGCGUGAUUGGAUCUCCAUGAGAGAGAAAUCAGAGGAGAGUGGAAUUUGAUUUCCUCGAGGAUUGUUUUCCGAAUUUUGUCGGAAUUUUCCAGGGAUAUUGGCGGAAGCGGUUGUAUUUGAUCCGUGUAGAUCAACAUCGUGAAACGGAUGGAAUUUUCGUUGGAUGCCGGAUCGUUUGGAAGUGGACAAACUUGUUAUCUCUCGCGGUGGCGAUCGUUUCACGCGUGGCUUCGGACUGACACCGGAAGCGAACGAGAGCCUGGUCAGCGAAAUCUAACGAGAGCGUUGUAAAUAACGGGCGUCAACUGUUUCUAUGAAAAUUCUAAUGGGAAUGUCGUGGAUGAAAGUGAAAGCGAGGAUCGGAUCCGAUCGAGCAGGUAUAUUAAAAAUAAUAAUAAUAGAAAAAGAAACUCCUAUUGUUUGUUGAAGAUGAUAUUAUUGAAACUAGCACUGUUUUUAAUGAGAAGCUGCGAUUAUAUAAGGCAGGGUUCAUCGAUUAGAAAGUAUAAGUAUACGUUGAAACGUAAGAAUAUGGAGAAUCGGGCAGCGUUCGUUCUUGUAACUGGUACCGGAUGUUAACAUCCGCUACGUUGUCGAAGUUAUAAAAUUGAUUGUGAUUGCGAUUAGAUUUCGAUGUCUGAAUGAACAAAUUUGUUUGACGAAGGAGGAUUGUAAAAAAUACAUGGAGAACAAAAGAAAUAAUCAAUACUAUAAAAAGCUUUAUUCUGGUUUAGGACUCAGGCAGCACAGAGACUAUGAAUCCCUUAAAGAAGAAUAGCAGUGUCUUGAAAUUAUUUUAAAUAUGUCUUUCAACAUUCCGCGAAAAAUUUCUCAAGCUACCGACGUACUUAUUUAUUUUAUUUUACUGAAAUAAUAUUAAUAUUAUAUUAUAAUUAAUAUUAAUAUUAUUAGUAACUCUUAAUUAUUUACAAGACAUUUUUAAGUCGAAAUUUAUAAUAUCUAAAUUUAUAAAACAUCUAAAUUAAAUCGUAAGACCUUCGAACCUAAAAUGGACGUGAAAGUCUCGUGUGCUGUGUGGAGAUGGUUAUUUAAUUUGAGAUUGAAUAUUGACAUGCUGGUUAACUUUUUUUUUACAGUAAUGACAAUUAUUUUAACAAGAUGAAAAAUUUCAUUUACGAAAAAGGAGAGUGACGCUUGUACUUGAAAUAAUAAUUUUUAGUUCCUGAUAGAAAUGACUUCCUACGCGAAUUAUCUUCAUUACUUUGAAUAUGAAAAUGAAAAGGAAGCAUCACUGCCUAUUGAACAGUAAUAAGAAUAAAUCUGCCAAGGGUAGCAGAUCGAUGUCUUAUAUGUACGUACAAUAAUUUAUCAUUGAAUAAUAUCAAUUUUUUUUCCGACGAAAAUCACGCACACACUUCUUUGAAAACAAAAAAAAGAUAAUACAUAUCUUUGCGCAAAACCGUGUACAGCAAUAAGCAAUCGCAGUUCUUUCCAUUCGAAGAAUCGUUUCUCCUUGUCGAAAGAUCGAGAAGACUGCCUGAAAAAAACAAACAAACAAAAUAUAUCACUGCCUAGUUGACGAGGGAAAUGAAAUACGGGUCCUUUGUUACUAACCAAAUUUUUCUCAGAUCUUCGCUCAGGUUGAACCACAUUAUCGACGUUGUCACGUUUUAACGAUGAUUCCUAACAAGAACAAUCGUCGAUAGCGUGGUAAUCUUGAUGAUAAUUUUUCUAGUACGAACUUGUAGUAUAUUUGUCUCGUCGAGAAGAAAAAUAUAGAAAAGUUGGACGUUACGUGCUGCUCAAAAUACAAAUUUGUAUUCGAGUAUCUUAUUAAUCAAUUUUCCAAAUAAUCAAAAAUUAUUUAUUACGAAAAUUAGUCGCGAAAAUUUCCAAGUUUAUAAUUUAAAUUGUAGUUCGAGUUGAAUUACAUACGACGCAAGUUUUCUGUGAGAAUUAUUUUGAUUAUUUUAUCGAUAACGAUACCGCGUUAACGAUAGGUCCAUGAAAAGGAAAAGACAAUGUGUGUUACGAAAUAUUUCUGAAUUUAAGAUAACGUUCUCAAAAGAUAUUUCCAAUUGGCUUAGUCUAUUUAAUUCUUUCGAAGAACUGAUAAAAAUUUGAUAAUAAAGUAUUUGAGCGACACGUGACACCAUCGUCAUCGACAAUGAAGACAUUUACACUAUUAGUCGACAGUGGAUUGCUCAGAUUUCUCUCGAUUGAAGCUCAGUACACCGGAACGAACGGUCAACGAUCGAAGGAUCAAUAUUGUAAUUCGAUGGACGAACGAAAACGACACGAUCGAACGACACGAAUCGACGAUUGAUCGAUCGAUCUCCCUAGGAUAAUUCUUAAUCUCUAACUAGCACCGUAAGGAAAAAAAAAGAAAAAGAAAUAAAUGAAAAAAAAAAGGAGAAGGCAAACGAACGAGGAACCACGUGGAUCGGACAACCUAGCUUCGAUUUAAAUUCACUGAUGGUUAACCGUGUGUAUGGAAGUCGAUCGAUCUCAACGAAGUUACAGCGGUUUUGUAUCUCGAAUACACGCAACCGAAAAACAAACAAACAAAAAAAAAAAUGGAACUUAAAUGAAAUAAAAGGCACCGCGAGACGACUUUUAUAGAGAAACAAUCUGUAUGUAUAUCACGCUGUACAUAGGAACAAUGUAAUUUACUGUAAUUGUUAAGAAAUUUAAGUAAAGAGAGAAAGAGAGAGAGAGAGAGUGUGAGAGUUGUAUGCAAGAGAAUAUUAUAGAUCGAGAGUAUAAUAUAGUAGAAGGAGGUUUCGUAAUCGAAUAAUUACUCUCUGUGCCAUCGAUUUCACGAAUCGAGGAUCUAAGUCCUUCGUGAUGUUUCCCGUGAUCAAUUGUGAUCGAUAGUCAGAAUUUCUGGAUACGUGCAGACUUUAAUUAUUAUUUAAAUUUUAUUGGAACAACGAAGACUAGGUUUGAAGUUUUUUUUUUUAUUUAGGAAGUCACGAUUUAGUAACUUGUCCAUUUUUUUUACUUUUUUCUUAUAUCAAUUGAUAGAUGUUGUUUAAUUAUUAAGUAAACUCGCGUUAGUCAAUUUCGUUCAGUCGAGGUACUGUCUGCUCGACUCUUAGUUAUGAAUCUCAAUUUUUUUGAACCUCGAUCUAAUCUAAAUAACAUUGGAAACUGCAAAAGUUCCCGACCAAAUGUCAAAUUUCGAUAACGAUUUCACGAAGUCGUCGUGCCAUCGCUAUUUUCAUUGCAGUCGACAUCACGCUGAGAAGUUUCAAGAUUUAAACUGAUUUGUGUUAUUUAACACUUCUUUAAUGGCACAAAUUCAUUCUCGUGCUGAUCGAUUUUAUAUAACUUUAUAUGAAUCAGAGUGGCCAUAAUGUUAAACCUCGUUUCGUCAGUCUUAUGUAAUUAACAAUACGAUAUUUCAUUUAAGAAGAAACAGAAGCUCUUAGUUGUAUUUUUAAUUAAUAGGCAAUGUCUUGUACAUGAGUAAAAUCUUGUAUAGCUCGAUGGAAUUAGCUUCGUUAGUGCCAUUGGUUUUUACAUAUGACCAAUUCUUUUUUGUUCUAAGAUGUAUAGUAUUAAUAUUAAUUUGUAUAUUAAUUCUUACGCCAUAAGUUCGCAUACUUACCGAUACGCUAUAUUUAAUAUUUAGGAAUUUUCAAUUUAAUGAUCUGACCACUAAUUGAAUGGUUCAUUGAAAAAACGCAACGUAUUCGUAUAUACACUCAUAUUUAUUAUAAAAGGAAAAGCAAUAAACCUUGUAAAAUUACAUUUAGAACUUAAAAUUUCAAAGAAUUGAAAUUGAAUUUCAAAAUUCUCAGAUUCUGUAUUGAUUAUGUCGAUUGUUUAACUUCCUCAAUCUUUACAAUAAUUUCAUACAGUAUUUAAGUAUUCUUUUCAAACAAAAAUCACGAAGGAUGAAAAUUACGUAAAAUUAAUGUUAAGCAUCCUUUGACCCAACACGCGAAUUUCAAUUACCAUUCUUCAUUCGAAAUCUAUCUCGAAAAAGAUGAUUCUCUCACGCGAUUAAGCGGUCGAAUGUAACAAAACACCUCGUGCAUGAUAAUGGAACAAUUCGUACAACUUUUCGUGUAAACAAACGAUUUUACAAAUGGCUGAAUUCAACAAUAGACCGUGCGGUUGACAAUAGACAUUCAACAUGUUUCCGUAUCAUUAAUUCUACAAAAUGAUUCAUUUUUGCCCGGCAAUAAACUUGCAUAACAUGGGAUGAACGAAAAGAGAGAAUUCCAACUAAUUACACACAAUCAAAGAUACCAUAAUUUAAACAAAUUUUCUUUUGAGGAAGAACGGAAAAAUAUUGGAAGCUUGGAAAAAUAUUAUUUAUCAAGCAUAUAAUACACUAGAUAAUAUACCAGACUAGAUUCUAAAAAGCAAUGAUCGAAUAUCAUAUUUGCAGUUUUUAUUGUCUUUGUAAUUUUUCGCUUAUCUCCUUGAUAUCUCUCUUCGAGAUAGUUUCGAUAUUCUUAACACAAAUUUCUUCGAAUCGUGAUACUUUUGAAAUGCACUCGCGUUAUGUCAAACACGCGCCAGUCAAUGAGCCAGUCAAUUAUUAAUUCGACGCAUUCGAGAGAAGCGUGCGAAGGAGAUCCGUGUUGUUCCGUUGAUUAGGUUGGCUCGGCGGAAAUAUAAUCCGCCAUGGCCGUGUUUUUAAUUGGUCUGGCUUAAUUAAGCCACUCGUGCGGGAUUGUAGCGAGUCGCGCGGGUCUCCAGGAAAAUUCUAAUUGCCGGAAGAACGCUGGUUCUCCGCCAUUUUAUUCUCGCUUCUCGGACAUCCCGCGAGAUCUUUUUUUUCCCCGAGCCUGCCACAUUGUUUUCAAUUUGACAAAAGGCGACUCGGCCACCUGAAAAUUUCACUCUGUUCCGAUUUAUUUUCGCAAAUCGUUCGAUAAAUGGAUUCAACGUUGAAUGCUACUUCAUUUGGAUAUUUAAUUAAUAUCCGUGCCUGUCCUUUUAAUUAAACUUCAAUUGAUUUGGACGUGUUCGUGUUACGACGGUGAAAAAUUAGUCCACGGGAGAAUUAUUUCGCGAAUUUAAUCGAGUUUGGACAGAACUUUGAGAACCUCUUCCCUCGGGUUUCUCUUGGAAUUUCAUAUAUCGGUGAGAUCCUCUUCCACAGAAAACUACGUUUCUUUAAUGGAGGAGAAACGAAUUUAUAAUAUAAAAUGUCCGCGUUCUAUUGUUCCAUUAGAAUACGUGCGAAUUAAACAAUUCCCGUUUCAUUUUCGUACGAAUCGCGGAAUUUACGUUUCCAAUUUGUAUUACGAUGCGAGUUUCUAUUUUAUUUUGUAGCAAUUGUUCCAAAAGGACGGAGAUCACGCGCAGAGAAUUUCGAAUAACCAGCCGUGGGUGCGAGAUAACCCCAUUGGCGCUAGCUCAACGAAAUGAAAAAUGUGAAACAGAAAUGUAGGUACUCGAUGAAAACGUUAUGAUGUAUCGAUGUAUCGCGAUGUGUGAAAGGGUUAAUGUCGUUCGUAGAUUCACAUAACGCACCAGGUACUCAAUAAGCAUUCUGUUUUUAUAAAUAAACCUUAAGCGUUAAGCGUGUAGCGUACACUGGUAUCGUUGUCUUUUUCCAUUUAUUUAGUUCUGUAGAAUAAUCCCCCUUUCUACAUUUUAAUCUUUCUUCUGGACAUUUAACGUUACCAAAGAGAUUUUUAUUUUCUUCUCUCGCUCGAGGUACUUAUAUUUGCUACAUUUCGAAUGAAAUUCCUUGAUAGUCGGUACUCCUCGAGAGUAUUUUUCGUAGUUAAUUCAUUUGAGUUUGUCGAUACCUUUGUAAAUUACCAAUAACCAAGGAGCGUCAACGCGAGAAACGAAAACGUUUUUAUACGCCACACGAAAGCAUGAUUACCAUAUUUCGAUUGAUGAUUAUUUAUAUCCACGUACCAUUAUAUACAACUAAGAAAGCGUGUAGAACUGUACCAAAGACAAGUUGUCAACGCAUCGUUCGAUAGCAGGUGUGAUCACGGAGCUCAGAAAUAAAGACACGAAUCGAUUUUAGUCUCGUGCGCAUUUAUUUGAGAAAUCGUUGACUACCAACGACCAACGUUCGCUAAUUAAUCGAUUAAGCGAUACAAGCUCCGACUUCUUUUUUAUUAAA